CAAACACUCAUUCCUUGGGUCCUUUCUUCACCCACUUUGAAGCAAGAUGGCUGUGUGGACAUUUCAGAGUCUCCUUCUCUGGGAAGUGUUGCUCCCAGCUGUCUGGGCCCAGGUUCAGGGGCUGAUGGGGGGCUCUGUGUUGCUGAAAGCAGAAAUACCCCCUGGUUUCCAAGUACGUGAUGCCAUCUGGAGGUCCCUGUCGCCUUCAGAAAAACUUAUGGCCACAUUCUUCCAUGGGGAACCAGAGAUCCUGUAUGACUCACGAUUCCUGGGCAGGAUCCAGCUGCAUAGCAACCUCAGCCUGCAGAUCCAGCCACUGGAACAAGGGGACAGCGGCAACUUCUCACUUCUGCUAGUGGACAUCGAGGGCCGGACUGAAAGCCGGACCAUGCAGCUCACUGUGUAUGAAGCAGUUUCCAGACCCACAGUGCAAGUUUUCAUUGCUGUAGCAGGUGGCACACAACCACCCAGGACCUGCCAAGUCUUCCUGUCCUGUAUGGUUCCCAAUAACAAUGCAGUGACCUACAGCUGGCAGCGAGAAGGCUCAGCUGAGCUUUGGGACCCCCAGCAGGGUCUCUUCAUGGAUAGUCAGGUGCUGAGGAUCUCCUUGGGGCCAGGGGAUGAGGAUACCGUCUACUCUUGCUUUGUGUCCAACCCUGUCAGCUGGGAUUCGGUGGCCGUCAUCCCCUGGAAAAGUUGCCUCCAGAAUACUGGACCAGGGGAUAAAUCCUACAAAGACAUCCUUAUAGUGGCAGUGUCCAUCUCCCUGUUCUUGCUGCUAGCUGGGAUCCUCUCCAUAUGGCACUGUGCCCUCUGCUCAGGGAAAAAGAGGAAAAACAGCUCGCUGAAUAGUAGGACUAUAGAGACAGAGACACCGCUGGUAUAGUUUGACUGCCGAGAAUGCUUGGAACACCACUGAGCCAGGGUUGCUGGGAUUGUCCUUGGAUUACUCAAGCCCAUGGUGACUUAGGGAAUGGCCUGGAACUUUUAAACUACCCCCAAGAUCUUCACCAAUCUGAAGAAGUUCUUUCAUUCCCUGGGAUAUUGGUUGUAGACAACUCAUACUAAGAACCUCUGGACUCCUUCCUCCUCCAUAGGCCAAUGGAGUAAAUUCUCAAGGGAAGAAGGGAUUGCUCAUCUUUCUAAGUGGCACAACACCUCCCUAGAAUUGUGAGGAGAAAGUUCAAAGGGAGUUUUCUAGAAGGACCAGAAGGUUUUGUGGAAAUAAUUGGAGAAUGUCUGACUAUAGGGACCAAGGACCCUGUAGAUAUAUAUUGGUCUGGAACAUUACCUCUAUGGCUGCUGUUCAUUAUGGCAUUGACCACUUUUGCACCACCAAAACUGAUACCAACUAUCCAAAGCUUUGCUACAGUGCUUGGCAAACAGUGGGUGCUUAAUAAAUGCAUGUUGAUUGAUGUGAACAAGAUUCCAAAGCAAUGGAAAACAUUAGACAGAGUCUGGCUAUGGAGCCAAUAUGCAUUUGAAUAAAAAAAAAAAAA